GGAAUUUGGACAAUGCUAGGGGCGGAGCUUACGGAGCAAGAUGGCGGCCGCCAAAACCCUGUCCCUAACUGCCGCGGCGUUCCGGGCGGUCAUUCCCUGGCGCCGGGGCAGGCUCGCCGCGGCCUCUCCCGGGCUUUUGACUCGCUGGGAAGCGACGUCCUCCAUUCCAGAUGCUGGCGAGGGACAGAUCCAACUCACAGACAGCUGCGUCCAGAGGCUUCUGGAAAUCACCGAAGGGUCAGAAUUCCUCAGGCUGCAAGUGGAGGGAGGCGGAUGCUCCGGAUUCCAAUACAAAUUUUCACUGGAUACAGUUAUUAACCCCGACGACAGGGUAUUUGAACAGGGCGGGGCAAGAGUGGUGGUUGAUUCUGAUAGCUUGGCCUUCGUGAAGGGGGCCCAGGUGGACUUCAGCCAAGAACUUAUCCGAAGCUCAUUUCAAGUGUUGAAUAACCCUCAAGCCCAGCAAGGCUGUUCCUGUGGGUCAUCCUUUUCUAUCAAAGUCUGACACAAUGACAGACGACCCUGGGAUCGACACCAGUUGUACCAUUGCAAAAAACCUGGGAAUAGUAGAAUCCUAGAGGUUUCUUUCU